AUGUCAACGGAAUCAAUUGAAAAACCCAGACGUAUAGCAUUCAUACACCCAGAUCUAGGAAUUGGAGGAGCUGAACGCUUAGUUGUUGAUGCCGCAAUAGGAUUACAAAAGUUAGGUAAUGAAAUAACAAUAUAUACUUCACAUUGUGAUUAUCAACAUUGUUUUGAUGAAAUAAGUUCUGGAAAAUUAAAAGUUGUAGUGUUUGGAGAUUGGUUACCUACUAAUUUUUACAAGAGGUUUCAUAUUUUAUUUGCAAUUUUAAGACAACUUUAUUUAACCAUUAUGUUAAUUAUCACUGGAUCUAUUAGUGGAUUUGAUUUUUUCAUUGUUGAUCAAUUGAGUUUUUGUAUCCCAUUAUUGAAUUUUUUCAGUGAGCCAAGAGCUAGAGUAUUGUUUUAUUGUCAUUUCCCAGAUCAAUUGUUGACUAAAAGAUUAAGUUUAUUUAAAAAACUUUAUAGAAUUCCUUUUGAUUUUAUUGAAGAACGGACAACGGGUAUAAGUGAUCAAAUAGUAGUUAAUUCAAACUUCACUAAAAAGAUAUUUCACGAUACUUUCACAAAUUUAUCAUCAAUAAAUCCAGGAGUCAUUUAUCCAUGUGUCGAUACGGAAAAUAUAGAGCAUAAUUCAGAAUCAAAUAAAGAAGUAUUGAAUUUCUUUAAGAACUCAAAAUACUUUUUAUCAAUAAAUAGAUUCGAAAGAUCAAAAAAUAUAGAACUAGCAAUUAAAGCAUUUGCAAAACUGAAAAAAAUCUUACCUGGAAAACCAAGAUUAGUAAUUGCAGGUGGGUACGAUGCAAGAGUAUUAGAAAAUGUAGAAUAUUUAAAGGAAUUAACUACUUUAUGUGAUAACUUAAAAUUAACAAAUUUCACUAUCCGGGGCAAACUAAUUAUAAUGCCACCUUCAACAGACGUAUUAUUUUUACCAAGUAUUAAAACAUCACUUAAAAAUUCAUUAUUACAAAAUGCAGAAAUUCUAUUAUAUACACCAACAAGAGAACAUUUCGGUAUUGUCCCAGUAGAAAGUAUGCUAUAUAAAACCCCCGUACUAGCAAAAAAUUUUGGAGGUCCAUUAGAAACAAUAAUAAAUUAUGAUGGGUCCAAUAUAAAUGAAGCUACUGGAUUUAUUGAAACAAAUGAUUUUGAAAAAUGGGCUAAAAUUAUGAUUAAAUAUUAUAAUGAAACUAGUCCUGAAAUUAAAAAACAAUUAGGUGAAAAUGGAUAUCAUAGAGCAGUUGAUAAAUUUUCAAGAACUGAAACAAGUUAUGAAUUUGUAAAUAAUUUAGAACAUGCCUUGAGACAGCCAAAAAGACAAUUUAUACAUCCAAGAGUAAUAUCACUUUUCCCAUUGGUUGUCAUAGUAAUUUCAUAUAUUAUCUAUAGACUAAAAUUCAGUAACUGGGAAUAA